GCUGCACUGGGUGUUGUUGCUGUUUUCCGGCAAGGACGGUCGUCAGACAUGGCGGAGAUAGAGAAACGGGCCCGUAACGAUGAUGUUUUGACUAACGAAGAUGAGGAGGAUGAAGUCAAAAACGGAAACGAUGGUGAUAAAAAAUCUGCCGCCGCCGGCCCGAUCUCUUUUGGGUUCAGCAAGACCGUUGGUAAAAGUAAAGUUCAAAAUUUAAACCGAGAGGCGACCGAAACAUCGGAGGAGAAAGAUUAUCUGACGGGCGUGGAGGGUAAAGAGUUAAAGAGCACCAAGCCUUCUGAGAAACCCAAGGAGCUGGUUAUCCCGCUGAUCCACAAGAACCGCUGGUACAAGGAGGAAGCCGGUAGCAAGGGAGGGGGCGUGCAGGGGGCCGUGCAGAGGGCAGAGCAGCCUCCGGAGGAGGACGUGGUCGAGUCCCUGGCUGUGAAAGAGCUGAUAGAAGAGUCCCAGAGGCAGCAGGAGAAAUGGAAGAGUGGGGGAAGCCAGGGGGACCCCAAUCUCUCCAUCCCUCUGCUGUUGAUGAACAAGGUGCCGUCCGGGUUCGAGGACGGAGACAAGGUCAACGUGGACAUGCGUCCAGAAUCGUCCACUGAAGCGGACUAUGAAACGGUGCCAGUGGAGGCGUACGGCAUGGCGAUGCUGAAGGGAAUGGGCUGGAAGGCGGGAGAGGGCAUCGGCAGGACUUUCAAACAGGAUGUGAAGCCCAUAGAGCACCAGCUGCGGCCCAAGGGGCUGGGUCUCGGAGCGGACCGCUCUGCAAUCAAGGACCUGGAUGAGAGCCGGCCCAAGCGGCCCCCCAAACCGGGGGAGGAGAGGGCCCCGGAGGAGCCCCAGGGGCUGGUGACAGGGGGGCCCGUGCUGGUGGAGAAGGGGCCACACAAGGACCUCUACGGAAAGAUUGAAGGGGUGGAUCCAGACAAUGCCAGAGUCAUGGUGAGGCUCGCCAUUGGUGGAAAGACGGUGACAGUCAGCCAGUACUGCCUGCGAUUGGUCAACAGGAAGGAGUAUGAGAAGAACAGCAGAGACCUCAGCCGUCUGAGCAAAGCCCACAAGGAGAGGGAGAAAAUGAAAACAGACGAAGAGAAAGAGAGGCUGAGUAACGCAGGAGCGCCAGACAAACACACUGAUCGAGAGAGGGAUAGAGACCAGCGGGGCAAAGACAGGAAGAGGAAGCACCAGUCCCAGCAUGACAGAGACAGACCCCAUGCCGGUAAAGAGCCCAGGCAGAGCUCCAGCAACACAGGGUCCUCUCACGCCCCCUGCUGGCUGCAAAGGGAUCUGCGAGUGCGAUUCAUCGACAAGAAAUUCAAGGGGGGCAAAUACUACAACAGCAAGAUGACCAUUGAAGAUGUUUUAAGCCCUGAAGUGUGUGUCUGCAGAUCAGAGGAAGGUCGACUACUGGAUGAUGUGAAGCAGUCGAUGCUGGAGACGGUCGUUCCGAAGUCAGAUUCUGAUUUCAUCAUGGUGGUGCUGGGGCAGAACCGAGGGCAGGUGGGUCGAAUUCUUCAGCGCGACAAGGAGAAGGGCCAGGCCCUGGUGCAGCUUCAGAGGUCAGAGGAACAAGUCUUCAAACUGGAUUACGAUGCCGUCUGUCACUAUGUGGGAGGAACGGAUGAUUAAAUCUGCACCCGAGAGCAAGGAAGAAACAAGGGAGAGGGGAAGGAGGGGUAGAGGGGUGAAUCCGAGACCCAAUGAGAAAGAAAACUCCAAAAAUCAAGUUCUUAUCCGGGUCCUGAAUUCAAAGUCCAGCCGUGCCGUGUGCUGAGUUAAAGAAACUGCUGUCAGGAGCCUCAGUGUAAAUGCACACUAAUGGAAAAGGACCUCCUGUGAUCACCCUUUAUAGCGCUGUAACCGGGAGUCUGUGGUGCGUGCGCGUGUGCGUGUGCGUGUGCGUGUGCGUGUGUCCCGCCUUCUAACCAAAUUGGAAGUGCUGGGAAUGGCAUUGCAGGGAUGCUAACUCGUCCUGCAGUGUAAAGCCCUACAAAGUGGAAAAGGUUGAUAUGAAUGCAAAACUCUCCCUAACUUGUGCACUGUUGGUCUUUUAACACCUCCACCCCUCAAAUGACCAUUUGAUCUUAUUAUGUAUCACCAAUGUAUCCCAUCAUGCAGUUUCCCCAUCGCCCGAUGCAGAGCGGACCGCAGGAACCUGCUUUUGGAAGAAAGAGGAAAGAAGGUUUUCAGAUAGCUGUGAUUGAACUCACCCAGUUGUUAUUUUAAUGUAUUUUUUUAUUAUUAAAUAAAAACUAAACUACAGUCUGUU